UCGGUCGUCGAAGUCACGCAGAUUCGAUACAUUUAUCUCUUGUUUCCGGAUUUCCUCGCACCUGCUACGACUUGUGACCUACAAAACCAACACUCUUAGGAUUUGGUACCUGAUUUCCAACGGAUUUUAAACCCAGGAUUAACUUGGAAAAGGGAUUGGAAAAUUGAAAGACAAUGCCGAUUUCAGAUUUCCGCAAGAAAAAACUGCUCUUCGUUUUCAAUACCUUCUUUGACGUUAACCAGAGUGGCUCUAUCGACAAAAAGGAUUUUGACCUUGCAGUUAAAACGAUUUGCGAUUCGAGAGGAUGGGUACCUGGAAAUGCAAAACUUCAACAAACCAAGGACACUUUGUUCAAAAUUUGGGACGGCCUCAGACAACGUGCGGAUUCAGAUCAGGAUGGACAGAUCAGUCGAGAUGAGUGGUACUCGAUGUGGGAAGAAUACGCAAAGGAUCCCGAAAAUGCUCCCGAAUGGCAGCAGAUAUACAUGAAUUUCGUUUUCGACCUCGAAGAUUCAUCAGGUGAUGGAUCAAUUGACGAAGUAGAAUUCAGUGCCGUUUGCAGCAGUCAUGGAGUUGAAGACAGUGAAGCUCGGGACGCUUUCAAGAAAUUACAAGUGGGCGAUGAAGUGACUCGCGAAAAAUUCCAGAAACUCUGGAGAGAAUUUUUCUCCUCUGAUGAACCCAAUGCACCAGGAAACUUUAUUUUUGGGAAAACAUCGUUUAAUUAGAAGAAUUGGACACACUAAAAAAAUGAAACAAAAACUUUUCCUUCGUCCUGUGACUAUUGUUCCCUCAUUCAUUGUUCGUAUGAUGAUUUGUCAAAAUUAAAUUGUUCUUUCAUGGUACAUAUCGCUAGUCAACAAUUGACGGAUCUACACAUCUUUAUAAUAAUUUGCAUUUACUUAUCGAUGUACCUAAUUGUUAUUUGUUAAAAUUGAUAUCAUAAAAUUAUCGCGAGAAAGAAGAUAUUUGAGAAAAGUUAAAUUUAACGUUUAACGUUUGGUGUCGUUAAAUUAGAGAUAGUCUUAUGUCAAUUGCAUCAUUCGCUGUAUAGCACUCGGAAGUGCGGUGUAUAAAUGGUUGUAAUAAUAUGUAAAUGUUGCGGUCUUCAUCUAACUAAAUCCAGUCUUGUGCAAUUUAUUUUCUUAUCAUGUCUUAUUAUCUUAAAACGCUAUUGAAACUUUCUUCAUUGAAGUUUGAAAACUUUAAAAUUCUUUCUAAUUAUUUUUUAAUGGAAUUGAUCAUUCAAAAUAAUUUUCUAAAUGCAUAGGACUGGAUAACAUAUCGUUGUAGAAAGCCCUAAAGUUCGACCAAUGUCCUAUAACUUCAAAUAUAUCUAAAAAAAAUUAUUGUCUGCUUUUAGUUUUAUAUUUUGAUUUAUUUAUUAAAGGAUUCUCAGAAGAAUUUUCACAUUUUAUUUUUAAAUAAAUGAUUAAAGUAUGGAAAGAAAUCCUCUUUUUUCAUCUUCUGUCGACUAGAAUACUUUUGAAACUGGUUAUUAAACCUCAAAUAGGAUAUUUUGAAACUGCUGAUAGAAAAAUAGCACUCAUACUAUAUGGAAAAAAUACAGUGCUCGAAAGCUCAUGAGAAUCUAUUUCAAGUGAUAACAAUAAAUAUAAUAGUAUUUAUAUAUUCUUACACUAUUUUUCAAAAAUUCAGUCUACAGUAGUAAAGAAAUUCGUCAUUUUUAAAGUUAAUUCAAAUUAAGAGCGCAUGUUAAUUUCGAAUAAAAUUGAGUUCGAUUUACGAAAGAAAAAAGUAGGUACAAAAUUACUUUUUUUCAACGUAAAAAGCUUUGCUUUAUAUCUGCUCGCUGGAUGGGAGUUCGUAGUUGUUGUUUUAGUAAUCUCGUUUUCUGUGAGGUGAAUUCUGUUUAAAAUUAUUAUCAAUCACUGCCAGCAAUAAAAAUUUGAUGCAGUGAAUUUCAGAUGCGUAAUGACAUAUAUUUCCAUUGUAAAUAAUAUUGAAGUCAAUAUAUGUUCGUUAAAUAAUGAAUGUACAUCUAUCGGACAAAUUCAGUCCUCAUUUGUUAUUGAUUGUAAUAGUAUAUUUAAAGUAUAUCAUAUUUCUAUGAUUAAAUUAAUAUUAUUAAUUCUGGGCGAAAAUACGUGUAGUUCUAUAUGAUAUCCAUGUUUCUUGUUUGUGUAAUAAUUAUAUUACGCCUGAACUAAAAUACACAUGGAGACCAGUUCACACGCAUAAUACUAGAAAUAUGUAUUUGUUUACUGAAGUGUUAUAAUCCUCCUAUGUAUGUAGGUAUCAAUUAUUUGUAAAGUGGAUGAACAUAGUAUAGUAUAAACAAGAAAAUCAAUAAAUGUUAUUCAUUGGAUACUA